UCUCAACUUGUUUCCAUAGCAACCGACAACAGUAGCUGAGUUAACGUUAGCUGUUGGUGUAAUUUGACGGAAAUUAGCAAGUUUGUUAUAUUUCUCUGAUAGUUAUCUGUAUUUUUUUAGAGCAAAACUGUAAAUAAGUUAGUCUUUUAACCUCUUACUAACUUUUAGCGUUUCUAGAUAGCUAUUAGUGGCUCCAAAGUUCAGGACCCUCACCUGGAAGAUGUCCUCCUCCGGCUGUCCACAGGAUGUUUUAAUGAAGCAGGUCGAGCAGUUUUGGUCCAUGCUGGAUGAUCUGUCUCAAAAUGACCCCGCAGCUUAUCGCGGGUUCAUCCAGAGACAGAUGAAGGAAGGAGCCGAGUUCAGCUCACCGCCUGAGCUAGACUCGUGUUUGUGCACCGAGAUGCCGGAGGGGCCCAAGAAAGGGUCGCUGUAUAUCAACAUAUGCAGCUGGAAACGAGUGCCUGCGCCUCAGCAGCCCAACAAGCCUUUACCUGUGUGUGCAGGGAAGCUGGAAACAGACACAAAUGAAGGUCACGGUUGGUACUCAGUGUUGGACGUGGCAUUAAACCCUGCUGUGCUUCAGGACAGUAAGAAAGACAAAACAGAGAUCUAUAUGCUGGUGCUUAACUUUGCCCAGCAGCAACAUGGCAUAAGGAUAUCUCAGCAGUACACUGUUGUCAGCUGUAGCCCAAAAAGUAGCCCAGAAGAUUUGCAACGCCGGCUUGGGUUUCAGCAGUGGCCUAAUACCUCCAAACAACCAGACACAGCCAGUCAGAGCCCAGCUGACCUUCUGCAACAGAUCUCUUCUCUACGUUUAGAAGAACAAGACAAGGACACGGCAGGCCAAAUUAUCUGUAGACCUGCGGAGCACACAAAGAAGGAUUUGAUCCAGGUCAUCUCCGCCACGUAUGCGCAGCCUCAGAAGCCAGAGUACCUACUCGAGGUGAAGACGGAUACAGCAGGAGUUCCUCGCAGCGUGGAGCUGACAGUAGAGCUGCCAAAGGUUUGCUCUAUGUCAGAGUGCCAGCUAAGAAUCUCCAAGGACGACAUCUUACUAGAGGUGGAGGAUGUCUACUAUUUGCUUCUGGAGCUCCCAGAAACUGUAAAUGAAGACACUGCGUCUGCCAUCUUUAACAAGAAGAAACGAAGGCUCACUUUGAGAGUCGAUGUUUUCUGACAAUUUGCCCAAAUGGAGAAACAGAUGUACACAGAAGUGAUCAGUGCUGUUGGGAAUGGGCUGAAGACACGGAGAGUAAACAAACUAAAUCCCGCUCUGCAAUCUGUGAACACAUUAUCCUAUGCAAGGACUGAAAACUUCAGCUAACAAAUUAGAAAUAAAUCUCCUUUAUAGAAAUAAAAAUCCUUUCCCCAAAACCAAAAUUGUGUUUUUACUGAAACA